UAAGAUACGACUUCACAGUGUAUCUUAGCUAGUUACUAAAGCGGUUGUCUUUAAUACCAGUAAGAUCAUCUUCAAGAAGUAAAAUGAAACGACAAAGUCAACCACGGCGAAAUUUGAAUUCAGAAUGUAAAGCCGGAAGAAAUACCACAAGACAAGGAUUCUGUCUGCUCACCGCCUUCAUGCCUAUACGUAAUGCAAACAAUGAAAAGGAAAAUUCUUUCGUACAACUGUUGCAAGAAUGAAUGAAUGAAUAGUAGACGAAGGAAAGUUGUGAAAUGGUCAGGAGAAAAGCAAAUGGACAUCACUGCCAGAACUCCUCCCGCGAAAAAGUAACUUUUACCAAACUUACCUAAUGAGGAAAACUUUCCGUACCAGUUUUACUAACAAACGGUUUUCGGAUUACCUGCGGGUCUACCCUUUUACCUGGGGUAGGACAAAGGACAAACGUAUUUUCGGAGGAAAAUCAUUCUUCAAACGAAUUGGAGAAAGUUACACACGUGACAAGUUCGUCCCUCUGAAUAUUUCGGUUUCGGAAAGGGUUGCUGAAAUAAAUGAAAGAUGCAAAUCAAAUAAUGAAGAUAAUCAAAAGAAAAAACUGAACAAAACACCACAUAUUCCCCCUUUUGUCGGAGCGUCAUAUGUGGGCACACGCAACAUUAUGGACGGGAAACACCCAUAUUUGCAAGCAUUAAAAGAGCAAAAGAAGAAAGAAUCUUCAACCGGAGACAAAGCAGCAGCAAUAGCUGCCAAGAAAGAAUUUUUCGACAGACUGAGUCAACCAAUUGUAAGAACCGCAAAACCCGAACACGAACGCCCCGUGAAGCCUCCGGCAGCAAACUCGAACCGAUCUGAUCAAAGAUUUGAGGGAACUCCUAAUAAGAGUGAAGUGACACCUUCUACACAAAAUAGGUUUGGUUAUAAAAAACCAGUCCCUUCACCUCGAAUAUCAAGGACUAAAAAUGUCCCCAAAGAAACAACUGGAGAUAAAAACAUAUUGGCACCUGUGUUGCAUCAGAGAGAAAGAAGUGUUUCCCAAAGCAGAAAAAUACCUCGUACUUCUAGAUCAAGUUCUAGAAACCGACAUAUGACAAAUCCACUUGAUGGUGGAAGAAAGCAGAGCCUUGAAAGCAAAUCUCGAAUACCUUUGUCCCAUCAACAAUCAACUAAAUCAAACAAUCCAAAAGAAUGUUCGAGUCAGCCAGAAAAAUAUCAUCCCAAAAGUGCUAUAUCUCCAAGCAAACAAACAAAAUCGAGUAGCAAGACCAAAACCAACUCGGGUACUGUUGAUACUAAAUCAGAUUCACCAUAUACCGUCAAAACUAAUAACAGGUCAUCUUCACCAAAACGUUUGUCUAAGUCAAAGAGUAACAGCUCAAGAAAAAUGGAUCAGGACAAAUGCUCUGAGACAAAAGGACAAAUAUUUCCUGCAGAAAGUGUCUGUGAUAGUAAUCACUACUUUUCCAACGACUAUCAAGAAAGAGACGCUUCCAAAGCAGACUUAGUAAAUUGCAACUUAGAUCGAGUAGAAGAAAAAAUGAUAUCUUAUCGUACCCAAUUAAAUAUGACACCUACGGGAUUUGGUGGAUAUACAAACUUCUUUAUAAAGCCCAUUCAGUUGAAUGUAACACACGAAGCAAUUGAAAAUGAAACCCUUAAAACAACCCCAAAUAGUGAAGAUAACAUUUUACCAACCAAAACAAAUUGUCAAAAUGAGUUGGGGUCAGGUAACCAAAAAAAUCAUUCAGAUUUAAUCGGAACUAAUGAAGAUAAAGUUGGGAAUUCUAAUUCUGAGUUGAAACAUAAACAGUACCCCACUCAAAAUAGUCACAACACAAGUAGAGAAUUAAAAGACUAUAACCAGGCAGAAGACAGAGUUCUAAGAGUUAAAGAUCCAAACGAAAUAGUUGCUGAUAUUAGAAAUGAUACCCCUUGUAAUGAUUCGUAUUCUAAUUUGGAUAUUGAAGAGAAGAUUAUUCCUCUUAAUUCUCGUAAGGUUGCAAACAGUUUUACUGCUGAUCAAGCGCCAAAGAAUAAUCAUAAAAAUGAUGUCAAUGGUGAUGAAUCGCGCAUGAUUAAUAGAAAAAAUAUUCCAGACAACAACGGAAUAUUUGACCAAAAUGUAUCUAAUAGUAAAUUGACUGAUCAACCAAACGAAACUAUUUUAAAAGAUGAGGGAACAUAUGGUUCUAUCUCUUCAAAAGAUGAUACCAAUACACAGACUAGACUCAAUAAUUCUCCUCUUAUUAGUUUAGAAAAUUUUGAAGAUGACCAAAAGGAGCAAUCAGACGAAGAUUCCUCUGAAAAUCCAAAAGAAAAUAAAAACUUUUUCAAAAAUAUCCGAAACAAAGUCAGCUCUGUUUUCGCAAAGGAUUCUGACAAUGAAGACAGUUCCAGUGAAAUGGAUGUUUCACUUGACGAUAGAAGAAGAAAUGUUUCUGAUCAUAGUGAAGAAGAGACACCUGCAGACCAGCAGGAAGCUUUACACAAAAAUUCCUCUGAAAAUUCGAACGAAAGCAGAACACCUCUCAAAAAUUUUCGAAAAAAAGUCCGUCCUGCUUCCACAAAGGACACUGACAAUGAUGUUAAUUUCAAUGAAACCGAUGCUACACUUGAUGACACGCAAAUGAGAAAUGUUCCUGAUCAUAGUAAUGAGGAAAUGCCCACAGACCAGCAGGAAAAUUCGGACAUAGACUCUCCAAGAAGUCCGAAAGAAAAGAAAAAACCUUUCAAAAAUUUGCGAAACAAAGUCCGUUCCGUUUUCGCAAAAGAUUCUGACAAUGAAGAUAGUUCUAAUGAAAUGGAUGCUACACCUGAUGCAAGAAAAGGUAACGUUUCUGAUGAUAGUGAGGAAGAAACCCCCACAGACUAUCAAGGAGACGUAGAGAAAAAUUCUCCAGAAAAUCCCAGCGGUAACAGAAAACCUUUUAAAAACUUCCGAGAAAAAGUUCGUUCUGCUUUCACAAAAGACUCUGACAAUGAAGAUAGUUCUAAUGAAAUGGAUUCUACACUUGAUAACACAACGACAGGAAAUGUUUCCGAUCAAACGGAUGAGGAAACGUCCAGAGACCAGCAUGAAUAUUCUGACAUAAAUUCACCAGGAGGUCCCAAAGAAAAGAGAAAACCUUUCAAAAAUUUGCGAAAUAAAGUCCGUUCUGUUUUCGCAAAAGGUUCUGACAAUGAAGAUAGUUCCAAAGAGAUCGAUGCAACAGUUGAUGAUUCAACAACAGGCAACCUUUCUGAUCAUAGUGAUGAAGAAACGCCCUCAGACCAAUAUGAACAUUCCGACAAAAAUUCGCCAGAAUAUUCGAACGAAAAGAAACCUUCUAAAAGUUUCCGACACAAAAUCCGCUCUGUUUUCGCAAGAGGUUCUGACAAUGAAGAUAGUUCCAAAGAAAUCGAUGCAACAGUUGAUGAUUCAACAACAGGCAACCUUUCUGAUCAUAGUGAUGAAGAAACGCCCUCAGACCAAUAUGAACAUUCCGACAAAAAUUCGCCAGAAUAUUCGAACGAAAAGAAACCUUCUAAAAGUUUCCGACACAAAAUCCGCUCUGUUUUUGCACGAGGUUCUGACAAUGAAGAUAGUUCCAAAGAAAUUGACUCUGUACUUGAUGACACGCAAAUGGGAAAUGUUUCUGAUCAUAGUGAUGAGGAAACACCCACAGACCAGCAGGAAAAUUCAGACAUAAAUUCCCCUAGAAGUCCGAAAGAAAAGAGAAAACCUUUCAAAAACUUUCGAAACAAAGUCCGAUCUGUUUUCGCAAAAGAUUCUGACAAUGAAGAUAGUUCUAAUGAAAUUGAUGCUACAUCUGGUGAUACAGUGGACGUUUCUGAUCACAGUGAUGAAGAAACAUUCACAGACCAAGAACAGUUAGACAAAACGUUCCCAGAAAGUCCGAACGAAAACAGAACUUUCAAAAAUUUCCGAAAUAAAUUUCGUUCUGUUUUCACAAAAGAUUCUACAAAUGAAGAUACUUCCAGCGAAAUAGAUAAUACACCAGAAGAAACGACAAGUAACGUUUCUGGUGCUAAUGAUCAAGAAACAUCCGAAAGAAAUGGCAAAUCAGAUAAAAACAAGGCAGUAGAUGCCAGAGUCUUUGACCGUCACUUUAAUGAUCCUGAUAAAUCAAUUACUAUCGAAGCAUCCAACGAUACUCAAAACCUAAACGCUGCUUUGCAUUCAGUGAACAGAGGCACAUUGAAAUCAAACAAGGAUAUCGUUGGUGUAACCAAAGAAAAAUCAGGUAACAACACCAAAGAUGCAUCUUUUAGAACUAAGAAUGGCAAAACAGUCGAAGCUACCGAAAAUUUCCAACCAAGCAGCAAAGUAGCCUUAGUAGAUUCUACACUACCUGUUGAUCAAUAUAUGGCAGAUGCAGCAGAAGUACAGAAAUGUCCACCACUUUAUGCCAAACCGAAUAUAAAAGGUACUAUUGUUGAACCCUCGACAGAACAAUAUCCAGAAAAUUUAUCUGAAAACGAAGAAUUCCAGAGCGAGUCAAAUUCACCUGAGAACAAUAAACGUGACAAAUACAAUAAUGAUUCUAUUGUAGAUUUGCUAGACAAAUUAGACACUGAUCAACAGAAGGCAUCAGACGAAGAGAGUACCAGCAGUAAAUCAAAUCCGAAUUCUCCUGAAAAGGAAUCUGCCAAAAGUUCUUCUCCUUCACGUUCUACUUCUUUUUCACGAUUUCGCUCAAAACUUUCUUCGAUGUUCUCUUUCAAAUCUGAUAAAAUGAAAAAUAAUGCAAAGGAGAAAUCUGUUGAAAAGGAGGAAGCUUCAGAUGUCCGCAAGGGAGAUGAGAAUGAUGGUGAUGGAACUGCUGAUCGUAAAGAUGGAGAUGAUAGUGGUAGUAUUUUCGAUAAAUCUGAAGCUCCUGAUGGAGAUGAUACAACGAUCAGAAGAGAUGUUCUGAAACCAGUUAAAAAUAUUUCAACUCAUUCUCCAAAUAUUAAUAGUAACAAAAAGAUAGAAAGGCGACAAAGCGACAAAACUCUCAGUGAAGACUCAGAAGAAGAGUUACCUAAAGAAGAAAGAUCUCAUGAUCAUGAAGACAUAAUUACGGGGGAAUGUGAAGAUAAUGAAUAUAAUCUUUUUGACAAGUUCUACUAUACAAACGAAGGAAAACAUCUGACAGAACUAGCGCCGGCAAACAGCAAUGCUAAUGAUUCAAGUAGUGGCAUCCAAGGAAUAGAUGAAGACAAAAACCACUCCGACGGGAAGAAGACAUCAAAUCUGAAUUCGACAUCUUCUUCUCCAUCCAGCUUUUACAAAACUCCACCACCAGACAUUCCAUCAAUAAAUAUUCAAGAAGACAGUACAAUUUAUCAGAAACCAAAUAUCUAUAAUGAAAGUGAAGAUAAUGACUCAUUGUUCGAAAGCAGUAGUCUCUACACAAGUUCACAAUUAUCUGAAUCAGAGUUCCCACCAGAGCAGAAGGAUACUGCAGAAAGCACUACUCCUCCAAUGUCAAGUGAAGCUGACAACAAAGAGAAUACGGUAAAAAAAUCUAUCCCAUGGUAUAACAAAUUUAGGGCUUUAUUUAGUCUUAAAAAGACUGAGAAAACUCCCGAUGAAAAUACCACCACAGAUGACGGUGAAUUUUCACGCGCUGAGUCUUAUCAUCCAAAGAUGCUUGAUACUGAUGUAGUUGAUCUGGAUACAGUUUCUAAUUCUCCAAACUGGUCAGAUAUCAUCGACGAUGACGUCGUAUCGGAAGAUGUAGAAAGGAAACUGGCAGCUCAAAACUCGAAACUAAUUUUUAAGAAUGAUAGUGAUUCGUUCGUUCAGACUAAGCCUAAACUAAAUUCGACAGAAAAUGUAAGUAGGUCGACAUCAUUUCCUGACACUGAAAAUCAGAGAACCUCAAGUAAGCUCCCAAUAAAAGGUCAGUCUCUCGAUCAAGAUAAUACAUUACAAGAAGGAAAUUCUUUGAAACGCUGGCCACCUUUAGAUGAGAAUACGAACGUUGCUGAUAAUCCAAUGUCUCAGCAAAAAUAUCCGCUCAGCAGUGAACGGUCGACUUCUAAUGAAGAUCUAAGUGAUGAUUCACUAGAAACUGAACAAAAGAUACAAGCUAAUAUUGACAGAAAGCCUUUAACUCAAUCAAGCACACUUAAUGCUGAAACUUCCCUUGACUCAACAAAUGCUCCCAAAAAUGUCGUUGUAUCAAAAAAAUCUUCAAAAGUCCCGAUAAGAGUUAAAAAAGCAAAUUUUUCAGAUAAUAAAAAACCAGUUCUUUCGCCGACACAAUCACGUUUGUUUGAUGAUCCUCACAAUGUAGAUACAAUAAAGGAUCCAUCAAAAGGUAGACAUUUGAGGAAAGAUGGCAAUGACCGCACAUCAACAGUAUCGGGGAAUGAAUCGAAUAUUAUGAUCAAAAAACGGGCGAAGGAACCGAUUACUUUAGAGACAAGCAAUGCUCACUUAGUAAGACGUAAUGGCAGGUCGCCGACAGAAACAAGGGAUAGACGUGAUGUUAAAAAACAAGCGGAAUCUAAAUAUAAACCGAUCGGUAAUCAAGCUGCUGACGGUCGUCGUGUUUUACCGAAAGGAGGUAAUAAAACAAAGACAACUUCAUACGCAGAUUCAUUGGACGAGAACUUGUUAACCGAGAUAUUCAGUUUUCUAGAGCAGAAAACCUUAAUAUUCAUUAUACCUUUGGUUUGUAAGAAAUGGAAAAGAGCUAGCUGCCAUCCUUCACUAUGGCAAUUAGUUGAUUUUUCCUAUGGUCGCAUGACAACGAACUUUCUGGAAAAAUUCUCCCAGAGAUUUACGAACCUGAGGGAACUUUGUUUUGAUAAUAUACAAGGACGGCCAAAACGCCGGGGAGAAAGUGAGAAAUUUUACCAACAAGAGAUACGAGGCAGCUUGGAGAAAGGUCUGGAAACUGUCUUAAUAAGUGCUGAAGGAAGUCUCCAAAAACUUACAAUCACAAACUGUGGAUCUAUAUUUACAGAAAGGAGCUUGUGGCUUGUUUCUUGUUAUGCUCGCCUAUUGGAGGAGUUUACAUAUCACAGUGCCCUGCAUCCACCAACAGCUGAAGUACUCUGGGCCCUUGUCAGUGGAUGUCGAGAUAUCACAAAGCUUGACCUUAGUCCAAUCAACCCAAGGUCUCCACAGCAAGAAAGGUUCAGCAACAAGUGUACCAAUUUGAUUGCCAAGGGCUACCCAGGCCUUAAGUCAAUCAGUAUAGGAGGAUGUGGUAUUGACAACCAAGGACUCUUAAUAAUUGCUCAACAAUGUCAAGCUUUGGAAGAGUUGGAGCUUAAUCAGUUCAUGGCAGACUUUAAUGAAAGUUCUGCUAAAAAAUUAUGCAAACGUGGAUUGCAUAACUUAGAAUGCUUAAAAUUCACACAUACCCCAGUUCAAAGUGAAACCAUUCAAGUUUUUAUGAAGAACUGUCCCAACUUGAAGAAGAUUAAUGUUCAGGUAAAGAUGCAAGACUAUUUCAGUAAUAGUGAAGACAGCAAGUUUAAACAGCAAUACAGAUUUAUCCUCAUAAAAUUAAAAAGUUUGAAAGCUAACCCAAAGUUGGAUCAAAUUCUUGAAUUAGAUAUUCGAGACAACAAAUGAAAUACUCUGGAAUAAGAAGCAAUGACAUUUUGAUGAAGAUGGAGGCUUUUACAGUGAUGAUUAAAUGAAAAUAAACUGAAGUGAAAAUAUUAUGACAACAAUGAUGAGAAUGAUAGUAGUGAUGAUGAUGACAAUGAUGAUGAUAAACUGUAUGAUAUAUUUGUUUGCAUCUGAUGACUCACUCACUGAAUAAUUUGAAUAAUCAGUUUGAAAUUGAUGAUUCACUCUGUUGCUACUCAGAGUUUCUGGCUAUCAGAAAUUCUUUGUGACAUCUUGUUCGAUGAAGAAUCACACAUAGCAACACACCUCUUAAGUAAUCACAGAUAGAAAUAUCAGCUUUGAAUAAAUAAAUAACUCUGCUACAUGCAUUAAA